CGUCCCAGCGGUCAGUUGAGCGCCGCCCUUGAACAGGUCUGAAGACACCAGGCUCUCUGUUGAGCUGGGCCUGUUCAAGGACUGCAGGCAAGUCUGAGCCCCGAGAAAUUGAGAACUACUGCUUACCAUGGCAGUGCCUGGCCAGCACAAAGUACAGCCCAAGGAUGGGGUGGGCACAAGAAAGGGGUUUAAACGCUACAAGUGGGAAAUCAAAGACUGCAAUAAAGAUUUCUGGCUCGGGGGACACGCCGUGGUCAAGAUCGUGAGUGUGGGCUGCCUGAUUGCUGGGCUACACUUCUUUGAAAAAGUGGCCACAAACCCCAUCAUGAUCCUGGUCCUCACUAUGGAAAUAUCCAUCUUUGCUUUCUUCAUGUUCCUCUACACCUUCGCCAUCGUCAGAUACAUGCCCUUCAUCUUCUGGCCUGUCACUGAAAUCUUCAACAACCUCUUCUCCUGUGUGUUCCUCGGAGGCGGCAUUGCUUUUUCUUUGAAGACUAAACGAGUGAUCCAAGAGCCCUAUCUAACUGCUAUGAUUCUUAUGGCAGUUGCUGCAUUUUUCGCUUUUAUCGACAUAUGUCUUCAAUUCAAAUACUUCAGAAGCAAGAAGGGACCCAACUGACCUUUGGAGACAACUACCAUAGAGGAGAGUAGGCAAAGCAAAGAGAGAGGGAGAAGGAGGGGAGGCAUGAAAUGGAGGACAAACAGGACAAGAAGAUGUGACUGGACGGCGACACCCGUGGUCAGGAAUGGCAGCCAGCUUUACGGCCAGGCCUUUCUACACUCUCCCCUUUUCGGCUUUCUAGCCUACUUUUCUUUUCCAUCAAUAAACACCUCUUGGAAAGAAAA